CGCGCGGCGCCGGGCGCAGAGCGCCUCUCGCCCGCAGCUCCGCUCCGCUGCCCCCGCCGCCCGCCCCGUCCGGGCAGCGCCGCUUCCCCGCCGGCUGGCCAUGGAGUACACGCCGCCCCCCAAGCCGCAGCUCUCCUCCCGGGCCAACGCCUUCUCCAUCGCUGCCCUCAUGUCGAGCGGCAGCUCCAAGGACAAGGAGUCCCCAGAGAGCACCAUCAAGCCGCUGGAACAAUUCGUUGAGAAAUCCUCUUGCGCCCAGACUUUGAGUGACUUAUCCAGCCUGGACCCUCACGGGGAUUUUAGCACCAGCCCUUCAACCCUGUGCACCGAGCCCCUCAUCCCCACCACCCCCAUCAUCCCCAGCGAGGAGAUGGCCAAAAUCUCCUGCAGCCUGGAGACCAAAGAGCUCUGGGACAAGUUUCACGAACUGGGUACCGAGAUGAUCAUCACCAAGUCGGGGAGGAGAAUGUUUCCUACCAUCAGGGUUUCCUUCUCGGGAGUGGAUCCCGAAGCCAAGUACAUUGUGUUAAUGGAUAUAGUUCCCGUGGACAAUAAAAGAUAUAGAUAUGCCUACCACAGGUCUUCCUGGUUAGUGGCUGGAAAAGCUGACCCUCCGCUCCCUGCAAGGCUGUACGUGCACCCCGACUCGCCGUUCACAGGAGAGCAGCUACUGAAGCAGAUGGUGUCCUUCGAAAAAGUCAAACUCACCAACAACGAGCUGGAUCAGCACGGCCAUAUCAUUUUGAAUUCGAUGCACAAGUACCAGCCAAGGGUCCACAUUAUUAAGAAGAAGGAUCACACGGCUUCUUUGCUAAAUCUGAAAUCAGAAGAGUUCAGGACGUUUAUCUUUCCAGAGACAGUUUUUACUGCUGUUACCGCCUACCAGAAUCAAUUGAUAACCAAGUUGAAAAUUGACAGCAACCCUUUUGCUAAAGGAUUCCGGGACUCUUCCAGACUCACUGAUAUCGAGAGAGAAAGCGUGGAGAGCCUUAUCCAAAAGCAUUCCUAUGCCCGAUCCCCCAUUCGAACCUACGGAGGAGAAGAUGAUCUUGGAGAUGACAGCCAGGCAACACAAAGCAGAGGGUCAGCCUUCACAACAUCUGAUAACCUGUCCCUCAGUUCCUGGGUAUCCUCCUCGACCAGUUUUCCUGGAUUUCAGCAUCCACAGUCUUUGAGUGCCCUGGGUACCAGCACUGCAUCUAUAGCUACGCCCAUUCCUCACCCAAUCCAAGGAUCUCUGCCUCCGUACAGCCGCCUGGGAAUGCCUCUUACACCCUCUGCUAUAGCCAGCUCCAUGCAAGGUAGUGGCCCCACUUUCCCUUCCUUCCACAUGCCUAGGUACCACCAUUAUUUUCAGCAGGGUCCUUAUGCAGCUAUCCAGGGACUGCGUCACUCCUCCGCAGUGAUGACGCCAUUUGUAUGAGUGAUGUAAGACAAAAGAAACAUGAUGAGAUUUGAAAUGUGCAAGCUUGGUAUGAAAAAUACAAGGGACCUUCCUGAAAGGCCUGUGGCAGGAGUGCUGAACUCGUAACAAACCAGCUAAGAAAAUGCAUUAUGGAUAUAGAUUCCUCCGCUGAGGGAUCUCAAGAAGAGAGCAUGCAGCUUGGAGCUGCUCACAGAUCUAGGUGUAACACAGCUGAAAUGGAUCCCAAAGUAAAUCCCCAGGAUUUUUGGUCACGUGCAGCUUGUUCCAAAGGUGCAUUAUACCUAGCGGAAAGAGAUUACGUUUAUGCAGCAGUGUACAAAUUAAUUGUGUAUAGGUCUUUUUUUUUUCAUAUGCUAGAAGAAUUCUGAAAAAGGCAAUACUCUUACUCAUCUUCAUCUCUUCUUGUGACUGAUGAGCAUCUAAACAGAAAAAUGUAUUGCUAUAACUUUGAGCAUGUUUUAGGCUAUCAGCACACACUUGCUGGGAAUGGGACAAAGUGGAGAAGACCACUGUCCUUUUUAAAAGACUGGCUUAUAUUCACCAGAAGCAGUAUUUCUUAGUUGCUACUAUAAUCCCAAAGAAAAAAUUAUUAACAAGUUUUUCUUUCUUUGUUUCUUUCACAAAACACUUACCAGUUCCAAGAAAGAACUGUGUUACAGGACUGUAGAAGUAUGAUGUAUUCUGCCCUUCAUUUAAAAAGAAGUUUGAUCUAUAUCCUAGGAGGAGCAAUUUAACUGUCUAUUAAGGUAUGAUGAAGGAAAAUGUUGAUUUGGGAAAAUCUGUCACUUAAAAAACCAAGAUACCAAAUCUUUAAAUCAAUGCUUGUUUGCUGCUGUGCUUGCCACUGAAGACCUGUUUCUAGCUGUAAAUGUGUACCAAGUUAACCAGAUUUCAGGCUAGAUCAGUCUGCAGACUCUCUACAUCAAACUGUAAUCAAGGGGCUGGUAUCAGAUGAGUGACAUUGGAGUAUCCUUCUAUUUGUUCUGAUUUUCUUGGGUUUGGUCAUGGCUGUUAUUAUACAAGCUCUUUGGCCAGGAAAACAAGGGUUGUAAUGUGUGUUUUCCCAUGUCCCCCCUAUAUUGGGAAAAUACCAGCACAGAACUUCACAUGUAAUUUUUUUUAAUUCUCGUCUCUAUUUUUCAGUUAGUAAUUAGGGUUCUCAUUCAAGUACUGCUCACUUUUUCCAGUACAUUACGUUUGAUGCAAUAGAGGAACCAUAGAGGUAUAAGAAAAAUUGACCUGUUUGCAGAGAGCUAGCGUGAAUCCUUUGCACUGCUGGAAAGAGUAUCAGCGCAAUGCUAAUUUUCUGCAUGGUGGGAGCUGGGAUUUCACUGUAAAAAAGUCAGCACAGAGUUUCUGUGUAGAGUGGCAUCCAAGUUACAGAAGAUAACAGAUCUACUGUUAAAAAAACCCUAGCAAUCCAAUCUCAUAUAUUAAAGAUCCCUGUAGAGCUGGAACACCGAAUGGAAAGCAGACUUUUUUGGCAUUAUUCUCUACUUCUGACCAGUGUGUGUUGGUAUCAUAUGGUAAGAAGCAGAGCACAGUAUGCUGAGUCACCUACCUCCCAUCUCUGUGAAGUGCAAGGCAAGUCACGCACCUCAUCUUACGUGCCCCAUCACACAGAGCAAUGACAGCCUCCCAGGCUUUUCCUAAUUUCUGUUGUGGGCCAGUACUUGCAUCCCACAGAUAAGGUCCAUCUGUAUGUAUUUCACAGUAGCUGAAUUUAAAAUCUUGCCAAAUUGGCCAUUUCAAUCACUUCAGCUAUCUGCAGUAUCAUCCCGAUUUCCCUUUACUCACUGUUGGAUAUGCUGAUAAAAAACAGCCUGUGGCAAUUCGCAACUUCUGUGCUCUGUAUGUGAAUAAAACAAACCUACAUUUACAGUUUCUGAGUUCAGAGCUACUACAAAGAGUUCCAUAAGUUAAUAUAAUAGGCCAAGCUCUGCAGUAUUUAAAUGGCUUAGAAUCAGACACUGAAUUUGGCUUGAUGUAUCCAAAUGUUAGAUUUUGCUCCAGGCUAUCAGAUUCACCUGAAAAGUGCAUGUUGCAAGGUUGAGUCUACCCAUUUUGAUAUAAACCCCCUAUUUUUCAGGAAAUUAGAUUAUAUUGGCCCCACAGCAACAUAACUCUUCAAGUACAUACAUGAUUCCAUAGAAAGAAGAAUUUCACAGGAGAUUGGGAAGAAAUUUUUUAUCCCUCUCCUCCAGUUACUUGACUUCUCUUAGAGCUGUAUGAAGGCUCUAUGACAACAUGCACUAAAGCCUGUAGGGAAAUCCGAUUUCUUUUAUCUGUUUCCUUCUGCAGCUCCAUUAACUUAUCUGGAAUUGCAGGGGAUAUGGUUAGGUUCAGAAUUCAAGCCAGUAGCUUUAAUGCUGAUACUUCUAUCAGGAAAUGGUCAAGUCGGUAGGCAGCUUUGAGAUGCCUCCAGAACUAAGUUUGAACAGGUAGGCUGAUUUGGACGAGUUUUACAAGUCACACAAAGCCUGCUCAUAUAUUGACCUGCCCUUCCUUCGUGAAGAAAGUUCAGAGAAAGAAACAGUACAAUCUCUGUAGCCCUGCCCCAGUCCCUGUUCUGAAAACACCAAUAUUUGGCAGGCAGAAAUGCCCCAGAUACUGUUUCACAGAAAAUACCGCAGGCUUUUCCUGGAGAACAAAACUGGAUUUUAACAACAUUGUUUACAAAAAUAUUAAAUGAUAGACAAGUGCUUUUCAUUAUGAAUUAAAUGGGAUUCAUAUCUGAAAAAAUACAGCAGUAGACUGUCCCUGUAUAAAAACAUGACAAGGCCAAUUCCUCAUUCAUGCUCUCUGUGUUGAGUUUCAUACUGUAGAUGGAUGCAGAACGAACCACCUGUCAAAAUCCACAGCUUGUUUUUUCCAGUCAGAUCAAGUCUCUUUCAAUGUGCUCAUCCCUCUUUGUUCUGCUCUUUGGAAUAUGCUGCUCUCCAGUGAUUUAAUUCCUUUGCAUCAGAAACCCACUGGGUUCCGCACUAAUACAGAAUCACGGGCAGAUCCCAAGCAAGGGAAUGAAGGCAGCUUGUGAGGGUCUUCUCCAGGAGUAAGGUCAACAGGUAUGUCCAGUUCUCCUCUCCCCAUCUUUGCCUUCACAAUCCUACCAACAAAACCUGUUGCAUAGAGGUGAGGUUGAAGGGAUUAAGUUCACAGAGACCACAGGACGCCCAACAAUGAUGUCCUGCCACCUGGCCAGGUGUCUUCUCCCUGUCCCUCUCCCCUUCCUGGGGGCAGGGGGCAGCAUGGGAGUGAUUCCAGGGAUAAAAUUCCUGCCCACUGAAGCCAACUGCAGAUUUCUUGACUGUAACAGAGGUGGGAUUUCAUUCAACAUUCUCACCUGAAAAUAAAGUCUAACUGUAAGAACAGUCUGUAGUGACGGCAACAAUAUAGGAACUCCACAGAAAAGACUAAACCUCCAACUACAUCAGCUUUAGCACUGAUUUUACAACUGGAAGAAAAUGAAUGUAAAUUUGUAAUUAAUUGGUUAAAGAGUGAAAUUGCUUUCCUAAAAAAUAUUAUCUGUACUACUUUGACAAUAACUCAGUAAUUUAUUUAAGGAGUUGCUGUACUGCUGUCAAAAUCGUAUCACUUUCAGGACAGCACAUCUGUUGCUGGUAGAUGGUCUAGGAAUGCCAAACAUAACCUAGAGUUCAUUUUUCAAUAUAAUUCACAUUCUGUAUCCCACGAGAAGUGCUCUUCACCUUCAUGAGCUCUCUUGGCUGAGCAAACUGGUGCUGGUUUAUGUUGUUGGGUGUUUUUUUAAGAAGGGUGGAGAGAACAUGUCUGAAUAUGCUUUUCAAAGAGAAUGAUAAAAUCAUCCUCCAAAGUGUUACAAGUUCUUUCGGGUGUUUUCUGGAUUACCCUUUUAUCCAUAGAUAGUCAACAGCCUCAGGUCUUUCAUCCAACAAAAGCAUCCCAAAGACUAACAAAGCUGAUUUAGAUGCAUUUGUCUGGAUUUCUUUUGUUUCUGCUUUUGGACAGCCCUGAGAGAAGCUAGACAUAAAAAACAUUUUAAAUUUGUCGUUUGGUUUGCAGCAUUGCUUUAUAUGGCCUGAGGCACUGUCAAGGACAGAAAUUCAAUGACACUGGGUUUCAGUGGUACUCUUCUAGGUAUAAACUGACAAACAAGCAUAGACCAAGUGGAUAAAGGUACUGAGUUUCUAAUGGAAAUGCUUCUUCCUGAGUUCAAAGAUGUUAAAUUGUAUGAUAGCUAACUUACUUGCUAGUACAAACUACAAAAUCCAAUUGCAAAUUUUCUCCCAGAAGGCUUUAUCCAUGGAGGCUGGGGCACUGCAUGAGUGUGUACACAUAAGAAGAUGCUGCUGCUUCCAACAUCCAGCAAACACUAACCAGUAUUUGAAAAUAAACCUCUUUUAAACUCAUAACAUUUGGGCUGGCAACUUAAUUAUUAUGCACUACAUCAUCUUCAUAUGUGUGUAUACAGGGAAACAGAAAUAUUAAUGAAAAUAAUUGCAAAAACUUGGGGAGCUUCCCAAAACUUUAAGUAAAUAUAAAUUGUGGUUAUUUACCCUCGAUAAGGGGCAAAAGCAACAGUGAGAUCAGUGUGAUGCUUAGGGCUCCUUAUCUGGGAGGGCGUUGUGGCCACAGCGCUUACACUCAUCACCUGCAGAGGGAUGACAUUCACUCACUGCAAGAUUAAUUUGGGUUUUAGUAAGAUUUUAUUCUCACUAUUCCAUACAGAGCAUUUUCGGCUGCAGGAGAUGUGGUUUCUUUACUAAUCACUUACUUGCUGGCCAGAGGAUUUAUGUAUUACUCUGUAAUAAACUGUCCUUGCAUAUAGUCUCUAGUUUAUCAAAUGACAACUUCUUUUUCUUUAUUUUAUCUUUUUAAAAGAAAACUAAGCAGUGAUUUAAGUAAACUCUGAAGUAACUUCUAUAAUAGUUUAAGGACAAAAAAUACGGUUUGCUGUAUUUUACCUUUAGCACAUUUAAAGAAUCUUUUCUUUUUUUUUUAUUGUACCUUCAGAAACAUGAGGAAAGAUUUAAUUUAGAAAUAAGGAAGGUAAAAAACUGGAUGUAACCUCUUUAACAGAAUGUACCACAGUUCUUCUGUUUGCUGUGUUGACUUUGUUGUUUAUAAUGCAUUGCGUGAGCACAUUCACCAUGUACUGAAGUGUGUGUUUGUGUGUAUGGGGUGGGGGUAGGGGGAAAUCUUUUUAUGGAAAAAGAAGUUGUGAACAUAAACUAUGAAGCAACAUCUAAUGAAAAGUUUCUUUUUAAGUGCAAUAUAUUUAUUUCUGCUAGAAAUAUAAUAUCAACAUUAUGUAAUAUUUGAAGCAUUAAAUGUUAUUUGUAAACAGCUUAAAAUUAUAUAUAUAUCACAAAAAAUGUACAGAAGUGCAAAUGUGUGGAUAUUCAGUUUCUUUCAUUAAAAUAUUGGGUGUUUUGAUAUAUCAUU